UUCUUAUUAAUCUUGAAUUCGAGAUUCAGAAGAAUGAUAAUGAAUGUUGAAUUUUUUUUUUGUUUAUUAACAACAUAGAUCUCACCAACAUAUUUGAAUCAUUUCUUCCGCAAUUACUUGCCUAUCCAAAUCCGGUGGAUCCGUUAAAUGGUGAUGCUGCAGCUUUGUAUCUUCACAAACCAGAAGAUUAUAAGAAAAAAGUUCGAGAAUAUGUUCAACGUUUUGCUACAGCAGAUAUGGCUGAAAGUUUAUCGGCAGCAAAUGAUGGUCAUUCAUUAUCAAAUAAUAAAACAAAUGAUUUAAAUAAUUCCAAUCAAACAAAUAAAAAUGAAUCAGAUGAUGAAAUAUUAAGUGAUUUUAGUGAAGAUGAAGCUGCAGAUAUGGAUUUAGAAUAA